UUGCUUGUUUGUUUGUGGUGAGUCAGUCAGUGAAACGAGAGACGCACAAAAAGUGGACAACAACAACAACGAACAACAACGACGAAGACGAACGCAUGGGGUUGCACGUGGAGGUGGUUGGUGGGUAUGGGACGGAGGUUGAUCCGGCUGUGGUCAUCUCCACAGGCACCCGCGGCCUCACACGGCCCAUUUAUCUCCUCAACGCCCCUGAAGGCUUGGCGCGCGUGGCAUUGGAGCAUCGCGUGUUGCGACCCAUGCGCGGGUUCAUCUCGGGCGUCUUUGCCAUGGGCACCACCAGCAACUGCCUCGGCGACGUCCCCAGCGCCAUCCUCAGGACGGCUGCUGACGGCGCAGACCGCGUGCAGAUUGUUGGCCCACCGUCCACCAUUCAAAGCCUGCUGGCACUGCGCCAUGUGAUGCUUUGGUCACAUCCAACAGUCUUUGUAUCAGACAUCCCAGACACACGCAUGUGCUUUGCGGACGAGCACAUUGCCGUGCGUGCCGUGUGCCUGCCCGCAGUGCGUGAAGAAGACAACGACACCGACACAAGCAGUAGUGGCAGUAGUGAUGAUGAUGAUGAUGAUGAUGACGACGACGAUGAUGAUGACGAGAGCAGCAGCGAUGAAGAUAAAGGAAGCAGUGACAGCGACGAUGUUGGUGAUGAUGACGGCGACACGUCAUCUGAGGAGACCUCGUCUUCCAGCGAAGAAGAAGCAGACGAAGAUGACAGUCAUAGCGAGAAGCCGGCCAAGAAAGAGGUGCCACCAAAACCAAAUCAGCCAGCUGCGCCCUCAGCUGCGCCCUCGUCCUCCCCGUCAUCAUCGUUAUCAGCACGAACAGCAAGUGCAGCGACUUCAAGCAGAGCAACCGCUUCAACACCGACAUCACGUGUGAGCAACGACGUGAAACCCGCACCAGAGGUGGCUCCAUCGUUGUCGCUGUAUGUGCGCGAUUGGGACGUGUACCCUCGCACCGUGUUCAAGAAGCCAACCACAAACCACCUGCAGCCGUUGCCUCAGUUCCAGCAGCCACCACCAGCGUGUUGUGUCUCGUGUGAGGCGUUGUGGCCGCGGCCCGUGGUCGGCUACACGGUUAUGACUGCGUCAACAGGGCAGCCUCGCAUCAUCGCUCUCAACAUUCCGUGCACACACGUCCUACAGCACUGCCAACCGCGCCGCAUUCCUAGCCUGUUUGGACUUGAGGGCCGCUCAGCCACCGCACACGUUCUCGUGUUCCACUUUUCGCCUCCACAGCUUCAAGCAACACCGGCGUACGCGCAGAUCACCACUGCACUCUCCAAAUUCGGCUGUCGUCACAUCAAUUUGCACCAGCCGCUUCACUCCCAGCACAUAUGUGAAUUGCAUCCAAGCUCAGCGCUGCUUCUCCAAACCAUUGCGACGAAACGCGAGCGAGUCCAUCAAGACGAACCUGAAUUGUAUCCAAUUUGCGAAUGCACACGCUCUCCACUUCCACUCACUUGCAGCUCUGCGCCCCUGCCGCUGUUCAAAUCCAUGUCCGUCGAAUCUGUCCUCUCCAAGUUGAGUGCCACAUCGGUCCCCGAUGCCGUGUGCGCGUGUGCCCGUUUGCAGCGGCCAAGUGGCAAGGGCCGGAGCAGUGGCAGCGGAAAGAACACUGGCACUAUUGAGGGAGAUGAUGAGGAUGUGGAUGAUGACGGUGAUGAUGGUGAUGGUGAUGGUGAUGGUGAUGGUGGUGAUGAUGAUGAUUCUCCGCCACGAAAGCGCCCGCACACCAGCAAUGAUGACGCUGAUGGAGAUGAUACACCGAAUAGCAGUGGCAACGGCAGGGGUGAGAACGGUACAGGCAAGCGGAAGCCCGGUAUGGACGCCGCCAGCAGCAGCAGACGUGAAGAUUCGACUGGCAAGGCUGGUGAUGGCGGUGGCGAUGCACACACGAUUGUGUUCCUGGGCACGGGAUCAGCAGAGCCGUCCAAGUACCGGGGCAGCAGCGGCAUUGUUGUUGAGACCAAGAAGGGACACAUGCUCCUUGACGCGGGCGCAGGCGUCUUCAAUAGCAUGGUUCACCUGUACGGCCACACGGGCGCGGCGAGCCGGGUGUGCUGUGUACGCAUGGUGUGGAUCAGCCACAAGCAUGCAGACCACGCCCUCGGCGUGCUUCGCAUUGCUGAGGUCCGCGCUGCCCUGUCCGCCGUUCUCGACCCGCUUCUCAUCGUCGUUCCGCACCAGAUCAACGCCUGGCUCCACGAGACCCUCGUGAGCCGCCCGCUGCUGCGUCGCGCGUGCGAAAUCGUCUCGUUUGAAGACUUGAGCAGUCGCUUCUUCACGUUCAACGCCGUGCAUGCGUUGGAGUUGUCUUCGUUUGCAUCUGUCCGCGUGCAACACUGUGCAGAUGCGCGCGCUGCUGUCAUUCGCUGGCGUGAUGGGUCCUCGCUCGCAUACUCUGGCGAUUGCCGUCCAAGCAAGGCGUUUACAGCGGCUGCAACGGGCGUUGAUGUGCUGGUGCAUGAGGCGACGUUUGAGAGCGCACUGCACGACCACGCCUUGCGCAAGAACCACGCAACCGCCGACGAGGCUGUCGCUGUUGCCACGGAUGCGCAGUGCAAGCACCUCAUCCUCACCCACUUUUCGCAGAGGUAUCCGGUCACGCCCAGGUUUGAGCGGGUCGGCGCGGGCAGGACAGCGACAGUUGCGCACGACGGGCUGCACUGGACACCAGCAGCGGUGGCGAUAACGUGCUUGCAUGCACGCGACAGCGAGGUGGCAACACGAUGUGAAGAGGUAUAAGCGCAACAACACACGCAGUGCAGUGUUGCGGUGACUGAGUUGUAGGCUAGUUAGCUGGCUGACGUGCGAUCAGAACACCAAGCGUCAAAUAUGUAACUGUGUAUUGGUAGCGUGUAUACAAUGGGCAGGCAACAAGCAGA